AUGCCAGAGAAUUGUUUCAUUAAAUUACUUAGUAGCACGACAAAUUUGACGAAACUAGAAAUUGAAGAUUGGGAAGAGUCAUGGACAGCAAGUUAUAGUAAACGUCCUGUAUUAAAAGCAUUAAAAAGUACAAUUAAAAAAACAACAACAAAAACUUUUUGUAGUGUUUUACACACAAUUAUGUUUUUAAAUGAUGAUUAUUUUGAUGAUAACCUUAAUCAAAGUCAAGGCAUCUAUAAGUCAUGGACAGCAAGUUAUAGUAAACGUCCUGUAUUAAAAGCAUUAAAAAGUACAAUUAAAAGAACAACAACAAAAAGUCUGUAUUUGCUAACUCGAGAAUCAAUAAAAUGUAACGAAUAUCUCUGGAUUAUACAAUCAGCAUUAUCUCAUUCAACACAGGCAACAGGAGAUGAUACACUAGGAUGGAAUAACUAUGAUAAUGAUCAUAGCUUUGAGGUUUUGAAGAAAAAAACUCCAAGAAAGAUAUCCAUGUAA